CCAAUAAUGGAGAAGAUUCCUAUCUCCGAACUUUACUUAAUUUUCAAAAGGGUUGUACAAGUUAUGAAGAUUUGAGAACGGUCAAUGGGGUGCUUUUUCCUACAUAUAAGGAUGCCUGCUAUUCUUUGGGGCUUUUGGACGAUGACAAUGAGUACAUUGAUGCAAUUAAGGAGGAAUUACUAUCUGACGAUGUUCUUUAUCGGCAUAGGCAAAGAAUUGGACGUGAAGAUGCUUUGCUUACAGAGGAUUCUAUAAAAAACAUAACCCUGGCAGAAAUCGAUAAGGCAUUGCAAAACAACGGUAAAUGCCUAUCUGAUUACCCAUCCAUGUCGAGCAUCAUGGGUGAAUCUUUAUUGGAUAUGCAGAAUAGAUUGGUGAUGGAUGAACUGUUGUAUGACAGUUUCUCUUUGAAAGAAGAGCAUGACAGACUACUGAAUUCACUCACUGAUGAGCAGAGGGUUGUUUAUGACAAAAUAAUUUCAGCUGUUUCGGCAGGUAAAGGAGGAUUUUUUUUCCUGUACGGCUUUGGUGGGACUGGAAAAACAUUUAUUUGGAACACCCUGUCAGCAUUUGUUCGAUCUCGAGCUGAAAUAGUGCUUAAUGUUGCUUCUAGCGGAAUUGCUUCACUUCUUCUUCCUGGAGGACGUACGGCAUAUUCUAGAUUUCGUAUUCCUAUACAGAUCACCGAAGAUUCAACAUGUAAUAUAAAACAAAAUUCUACUUUGGCACAGUUGUUGUCAAAAACAAAGUUAAUCAUUUGGGAUGAAGCACCGAUGGUACACAAAUUUUGCUUUGAGGCUCUUGAUAGAACACUUAGAGAUGUUCUUAGUUGUGUUGAUAUGCCCUUUGGUGGAAAAGUUGUCGUUCUAGGAGGUGACUUUCGGCAAAUAUUACCUGUCAUUCCAAAUGGCAGUAAACAAGAUAUAGUUCAUGCAACCAUCAAUUCUUCCUAUCUAUGGUCCCAUUGUCAUCUGUUAUCUUUGACCAAGAACAUGCGUCUCAAUUCUGGAAGUAGCACUAAUAAUUUGUUGGAAAUAAAGGAAUUUUCUGAGUGGCUGCUUAAAAUAGGAGAUGGUGAUCUUGGGGAUAAUGUUGAUGGAGAAUCUAUUAUAACAAUUCCAGAUGAAUUGUUGAUCAAAGGUUCAGAAGACCCACUUUCAGAUAUUGUUUGCACUAAUAUGAUGGAAUAA